AUGGCUGGACUCCUAAUGAGUCCCUUGCUCCUUGGAGUGCAAGCCUCCAUCCAAAACCCGGAGGUGCUUCCAACCCCCCCAAUGGGGUUCAACAACUGGGCCCGCUUCAUGUGCGAUCUGAACGAGACACUGUUCACUGAUACAGCACAGUCAAUGGUAUCCCGCGGCCUUCUCGAUGCGGGAUACGAUCGUCUUAUCUUGGACGAUUGCUGGAUGCGCAAAGAGCGUGCUGCAGACGGCUCGCUGGAAGCUGACACCGUCAAGUUCCCGCAUGGCAUCCCUUGGCUUGCGGAUUACAUGAAAAGCAAUGGGCUCAAGCUCGGCAUCUAUGAAGAUGCCGGCAACUUGACUUGCGGCGGCUACCCAGGCUCCUACGGGUACGAGAAGCAAGACGCCGAGCUCUUCGCCAGCUGGGGCAUCGAUUACCUUAAGCUGGACGGAUGCAAUGUCUGGGCUGAGGAAGGUCGCUCUUUGCGCGAGGAGUACCGUGUUCGGUACAGUGGGUGGCACGAUGUGCUUAGCGCCCUGCCAACACCUUUGAUCUUCUCCGAGUCCGCACCUGCGUACUUCUCGGACAAUGCGUCAGACUGGGCGGUCGUCAUGGAUUGGGUACCAAGCUAUGGCGAGCUGGCGCGGCAUUCAACUGAUGUGGUCGUGUAUGAGGGCGGCGAUGGUUGGGAUAGUAUCAUGAACAACUACGACUUCAACACACUUCUAGUGCGCUAUCAGCAGCCGGGCUACUACAAUGAUCCUGACUUCUUGAUCCCUGACCACCCGGGUCUAACUAAGGAUGAGAAGCAAUCCCACUUCAGUCUCUGGGCUUCUUUCUCCGCGCCAUUGAUUAUCAGUGCUUAUAUCCCGGACCUCUCGGAUGAGGAUAUCGCAGUCCUCAGUAACAAGGCCCUUAUCGAGGUCGACCAGGACGCAUUGGCGCAGCAGGCUGCCCUCGUCAGUCGCGACGGCACCUUCGACGUCCUGUCCCGCUCCCUGUCAAACGGAGACAGACUGCUGACGGUCCUAAACCGCGGUGCCGCUACGGCCACAACGACCGUCUCCCUCGCGCGUCUGGGAUUGUCAUCCGAGUCUGACUGCCAGUAUGCUGCGCGCGAUCUUGUCACCGGCGAAGAAGUAAACGUCGACUCUGAUUUCGAAAUUAAACUCGACUCCCAUGCUACUGUCGUUUACCGCAUCGCGCUGCCUGAAAGCUGUGCUAAAACCAUCCCUACCGGAAUGGUCUUCAAUACUCCCUCCGGUCUUUGUCUGACCGCUUCUACUGAUCAAUCUGUCACUUUCGAGAAAUGCAGUGCCUCGGACUCCCAGGUCUGGAACGUGGCAGCAACUGGCGAUGGCAGUGACGUGACCUUGAGGCCUCUGUCGGAUGCGACUGUUUGUCUUGCUGUCGGGGACAACGGUGAGCUUUCACUGGCUCAGUGUGAGGGUGCUGCCAGUACUGCCUGGGAACAUCUCGUUACUGGACAUCUGCGCAACACCCUCGCCGACGGCUGUUUGGCUCGUAACUCGGGUAAUGGUGGGAUUGAGUCGUGUGUGGUUGACAGUGCUGCUCAGAUAUUUGGAUUGCCCAGUGGUGUCCGUUUGGCUGAGGGAGAUUUGAACUAG